AUCUCUGCACAAAAACGCAUCGGGGGAACAGGACGACGACGAGCAGCUCUCUCUUGAGAGCACACACUCUCUCACGCAACAGCGCACCCAUCACGGCAGGGAGAUCGGGGUACAUAAAGCGAGCGCGUGUGCACAUCUCUUCGUCCUUCAUUCUCAUCUUGCCCUCUCCCCUCCCCCCUUCCCCUUCCACCACCACCACCUACACCACCCCCACUCAGCGACUUAACACCCCCGCAUAACUUGCAUCAUGUCACUGCUGUGGACCGCCACCAAGUGGCUCAUCAGCUACAUCUUCGUCGGCGUCAGCUUCAUCGUCGUCGUCUGCGCCAUCGCAUUUGGUGUCUUCUACCAGUUUGCCACGUCGCCCGUCGGCGAUCCUGACCCGCACAAGAAGAUCAAGAACAAGCUCGCCCACGAAAAGCUCCCUCACGAAAAGCUCGGCCUUGAUGACUCUGGCAAGGUGACCUUCGAAGGCUUCUUCUCUAUCCGCCGCCAGUACGAUGCCGUCGCCGACCCCAACCACAACCCCCUCGCCCCACCUCCCUCUACCGAGAACGGCGUCCCGAAGCGCAGCAACUACUCGACGAUGGCGACAGCGCUCCGCGUCGCCUCCAACUAUGCCCAGGGCAAGAAGGAGAUGCCCAAGGACUUGUUCUACGUUGUCAUCAAGGGCCACAUUCUUUACGUCUACGAGAGCGAGGCCCGCGCCUCGUGCCUUGUCGCGCUGGACAUUUCGAGGUUUGACGUCGCGAUGGAGGACAAGGAAGGCGCGUUCACCGGCAUCGAAGGCAAGAUGUUCGCCAAGCGCCACGCUCUCGUUAUGCGUCGUGCCCCGGAGGAUGCCGGCAAGGAACGUCGAGGACUGGCCGUUGUCACCAGCGACAUGGGCGACUUUGAUGACUCCGCCGAGGCGGACAACGAGACGUUGCCGUGGUUCUUCUUCUCCAAGGCCAACACUGUUACCGAGGACUUCUACAUCGCCCUGCUCAAGCGUAACCACCAGCAGCCGUCUAACUCGAAUGUGUUCUCGUUCGACAGCAUGCAGUGGCUGGCUGAAGACAUCAUCAAGCGCGAAGACAUCGGAGGCAGCGGUCUGCUUUGGCUCAACGCCGUACUCGGCCGCAUGUUCCUUGGCGUCUGCCACACCUCACUCGUCGCCGACUUCAUCACUAUGAAGAUCAACAAGAAACUCGCCCAGAUCCCACACAUCCCAUACCUCGGCGCCGUGGUCACCACUCAAGUUGUGCUUGGAGAUGUUCCGCCGAUUCUCACCAACCCGAAGCUCAAGGAGCUGAAGGCCGAUGGCACUGUUGUCUUCAACGCCCACUUCGAGUACAAGCAACGCGAACACGUUGACUCGUCGGGCAUUCUGCUCACAAUUGAGACAACGGGAUCGGUGAAGCUCAAGUGCUCCGCGAGGAUCAAGACCCUCAAGGGCGACGUCGAAGUGAAGAUCAAGCCGCCCCCAAGCGACCGUGUCUGGUGGGGAUUCGUCACGAUGCCCGAAACGGACAUGGUCCUCGAGCCCAUCCUGCUGGCGAGAACUCUCACUUGGAAGAGAAUCAGCGACCUCCUCGAGAAGCAGCUCCGUGAGGGCAUGGCCGAGGCCGUCGUGCUUCCCAACAUGGACGACAUCCCCUUCUUCGACACCAGCUCCCUUUCUAUCCGUGGCGGUAUCUUCAACGAGGCUGGCCGUGAACCGGCCGAGGAGGCGACCGAGUCGGCUGAAGCCACAAACGGCGUAUCCGACAACGCUUCGAUCAAGAGCAAGUCGGUGUUGAGCUCGGCCGCUUCGACCAAGUCCACCCUCGUGUCACACUCGGACGACGAGUCGACCAUCGGGAAGCGUUCCCUUCUCCGCAGCGAAACCUUGCCUCUGGACGACAACAAGAAGUCGAACAAGUCUGCGUCGGCCCUCGCCCGUCUCUCUGCGCUUUCCACUUCCCGCCCUGCGUCCGUCCGCUCAGAGGCUACGACGCUGGUGGGUGACGACAAGGCCAAGGACAAGUCGGCCGACAAGGUCCAGGACAAGCCGGCCGCGCGCCGUAGCGCGACGAUGGGCGAUGUGCUUGGCCGAAGCCCCGCGAUUCCCGAAGCCUCCGACUCGGUUUCCACACUGCCUUCGUACAGGAGCACUCCUUCUCAGGACGAUGAUGGCGCGUCGAUCAACACGACCGACACUGCUUCCAGCCGUGUCACUACCCAGACGCUUCUUAGUGCCGUUCGCGCUCGCGACAAGACGGCGUUGUCGAGCCAGGUCAACGUCGCCCGCGAUCUCGCCAAGGACAGCGUCAAGAAGUGGAGCAUGAACUGGAACAAAAAGAAGACGGCCAAGGAGGGCGAUGACGACUCAUCCACGCCGCCCUCUACCGCAUCCCCAUCGUACUUUGCGCCGUCCAACGACGACCACCAGUCGCACCCCCCGCAUCACCAGCGCGCCCAUGACGGCCUCUCCUUGCAGGAGCGCCUGAAUGCUGCGGCCCAGAAGGCGUCCAGCACGAGUCCUCGGAACAGCCUCCAGUCCUCGCACCAGCGCCAGACGUCGAAUGCUUCGGCAGAGUUGUCGGUCUCGCCAUCUGCCUCCCGCACUACCUUCCCUGCCACCCAGCCGAUCCCAGAGCGCAGCCACAGCGCGUCCGAGUCCAUUUCUUCAUCGCCUCCUGCGUACCAGCAGCCUCGCGCGCCCUCGAUGGUGGUGCCGCACGUGCCCAAGCGCCCUGGCGUUGUCACGAGCAUCGCGCAUGACCCGACCCCGCCUUCUACGCCACCCAAGGCCAAGUCGAGCCCUUCUGCGCCAUCGCUCAAGGCCGCCCAGGCCCCGCCCAAGGUCAGCCGUGGCGACUCGGGCCCCCUGCCCCCGGCCAACGGCCCAGCUUCGCUCACGACCAGCGACGCACCACCACUCCCUCCCCGGCCCGCACGCAGCGACUCUGACCCCCUCGCGGCUGGCGAGCACACUGUUGGCCCGGCCCCCAUUACCCUCGAGAAGCCUUCGACGUCUGCCUCGGACGCUGCUGCUGCCUCGGAUGCUGCUUCGAUUUAGGUGCUGGAGUAUGUGCUAGACCUGCUUUGAAUAGAACAUUUGCCCUUGCAUUACAUGUUGUAGAGUACUAUCCAUGCACACGGUGG